GGGGGGGUGCUGCGUGAGGCUGAGCGGGGACGUGGAGCGCCAUGGCGCACUUCGUGUUCGAGGCGGACCUGCACGGGCUGCUGAAGCUGGACACGCCGAUCCCCAACGCCCCGCCCGCGCGGUGGCAGCGCAAGGCCAAGGAGAGCGCCUGCCCGGGCCCCGGCCCCAGCCCCGCCGCCAGCAUGUCGCCCAUGAAGCCGGCCAACCGCUCGUACAGCGGCAGCAAGACGCCGUCCAAGACUCCCGGCAAAUCUGGAUCCAAAGUCCAGAGCACCCCAACAAAAGCUGGAGGGGACCGCUACAUUCCCAACCGCAGCACUAUGCAGAUGGAAAUGGCCAAUUUCCUCCUAACCAAAGAAAACGACCCUGCUGAAAAUUCCCCUACCAAGAAGGAGCAACAGAAAUCCUGGGCAAUGAAUCUUAAUGGCUUUGAUGUAGAAGAGGCUAAGAUUCUCCGCCUUAGUGGAAAGCCACAGAAUGCUCCAGAAGGCUAUCAGAACAACCUGAAAGUGCUCUACAGCCAGAAGACUACACCUGCUUCCAGUAGGAAGCAUGGUAGAUACAUUCCCUCAAUGCCAGACCGGAUCCUGGAUGCACCAGAGAUUCGCAAUGACUAUUAUCUGAAUCUCAUUGACUGGAGCUCUCAGAACUUCCUGGCAGUGGCUCUGGACAACUGUGUUUAUCUGUGGAAUCACUCUACUGGGGAAAUCAUUCAGCUGCUGCAGAUAGAGAAUCCAGAUGAUUAUGUAUCCUCUGUGUCAUGGAUUAAAGAAGGAAACUACCUUGCUGUUGGUACAAGAAAUGCUGAGGUCCAGCUAUGGGAUGUACAGCAGCAGAAGCGUCUUCGAAGUAUGACCAGCCAUUCUUCUCGUGUGGGGUCCCUCAGCUGGAACAGCUACAUCCUCUCCAGUGGGUCACGAACUGGCCACAUCCACCACCAUGAUGUCAGAGUGGCUGAGCACCAUGUGGCCACUCUUACUGGCCACACACAAGAGGUGUGCGGACUCAAGUGGUCUCUAGAUGGUCGCUACCUGGCCAGUGGUGGCAAUGACAACCUGGUGAACAUCUGGCCCUCUGUCCAGGGAGACAGUGGAGACUUCACUCCUGUACAGACCUUCACUCAGCACCAGGGUGCUGUCAAGGCUGUGGCAUGGUGUCCAUGGCAGUCAAAUGUUCUAGCCACUGGAGGUGGAACCAGUGACAGACACAUCCGCAUCUGGAAUGUCUGUUCCGGCACCUGUCUCAGUGCUGUUGAUGCCCACUCCCAGGUCUGUUCUAUCCUGUGGUCAACAACCUACAAAGAGUUCAUUUCAGGCCAUGGCUUUGCGCAGAAUCAGCUAGUGAUAUGGAAGUAUCCAACAAUGGCCAAGGUCACUGAACUUCGAGGUCACACUGCCCGAGUCCUGAACCUGACCAUGAGCCCAGAUGGUGUAACAGUAGCAUCGGCAGCUGCUGAUGAAACGCUACGACUUUGGCGCUGUUUUGAGAUGGAUCCCAUAAAGAAGAAGGAAAAAGAGAAGGCAAACAGUGCCAAAAGCAGCAUCAUUCACCAGGGCAUCCGAUAAGUGCACAGAGUUGGUGUUGCGGGAAGCUGGGACAUGGGCUUACACACUGUACAGUAUUUUAAGUGUUAAUAAACAGCUUUAAUUUGCCUUUGCCUUUUAAA